UCCAAGGCACACGUGCCGCGAGGGAGGGGGGAGCUCAGCGCGGUCACAGGCCACGCCCCCUUCUCCUCAUUUCCCCCCUCCCUCUCCCCGAAUCGCUGCUUACACGUCGCAGGAACGUGCCGAGGCUCCGGGGGCCCCUGGGCGCUGGCGGUGUUACGUAGCCCAGGCAGCCAAUGGGCGUCGAGAGCGCGCGAGAGGAGGGGGCGUGGCUUUCCCCUUCUCCGACGGCCAGCAGCAACGCAGCGCAGCGCAGCGCGAGGCUCGGUCGAGGCAAGAGGCUGGUUGCUGGCGCGCGACGAAGAAAGCGAGAGAAGCGCCUCGCGAAGCUAUGGCCACGCUCGCUGGGCCCUCGGGCCUCCCUCCUCCUCCUCCCCCGGGAAACGGCUGCUCGGUGCAUUGGUUCCGCCGCGGGCUUCGGCUCCACGACAACCCGGCUCUGCAGGCGGCCAUCCGCGACGGCGGCCCCGUGCGGUGCAUCUAUAUCCUGGACCCAUGGUUUGCCGCCUCUUCCUCGGUGGGCAUCAAUCGCUGGCGGUUUUUGCUCCAGUCCUUGGAAGAUUUGGACAACAGUUUGAGAAAACUCGGUUCCCGCUUAUUUGUGGUGCGAGGCCAGCCAACUGAUGUUUUUCCAAGGCUCUUUAAAGAAUGGAGAGUGACCCGCCUCACUUUUGAGUACGACUCGGAACCCUUUGGAAAAGAGAGAGAUGCAGCUAUAGUGAAGUUAGCUAAAGAAGCUGGAGUAGAAGUGAUAACGGAGAAUUCCCAUACUCUUUAUGACCUUGAUAGGAUAAUUGAGCUGAAUGGCCACAAACCUCCUCUCACCUACAAGCGAUUCCAGACCAUCAUUAGUCGCAUGGACUUGCCCAAGAAGCCAGUUGCCUCCAUAACACAUCAGCAAAUGGAGAUGUGCAAGUCGGAGAUCCAAGACAAUCAUGAUGAAACGUAUGGUGUUCCCUCCCUGGAAGAGUUGGGUUUCCCUACUGAGAAUCUUACCCCUGCUGUUUGGCAAGGAGGAGAGACGGAAGCACUCACUCGCCUGGAUAAACAUCUGGAAAGAAAGGCUUGGGUUGCAAACUAUGAACGACCACGAAUGAACGCCAAUUCCUUGCUGGCCAGUCCAACAGGGCUCAGUCCUUACCUUCGGUUUGGUUGCUUGUCCUGUCGUCUGUUCUACUAUCGGCUCUGGGAAUUAUACAAAAAAGUGAAGCGAAAUAGCACUCCACCACUCUCUCUCUACGGCCAGUUGCUCUGGAGAGAAUUUUUUUAUACGGCUGCCACAAACAACCCCAAAUUUGAUCGCAUGGAAGGGAACCCAAUUUGCAUUCAGAUCCCGUGGGACAGGAAUCCUGAAGCCUUGGCAAAGUGGGCAGAGGGCAAGACGGGAUUCCCCUGGAUCGAUGCAAUCAUGACACAGCUGAGGCAGGAAGGCUGGAUUCAUCAUCUGGCCCGGCAUGCUGUCGCCUGCUUUCUGACCAGAGGAGACCUGUGGAUCAGCUGGGAGUCUGGAGUGAGGGUUUUUGAUGAGCUAUUGCUGGAUGCAGAUUUCAGUGUGAAUUCGGGCAGCUGGAUGUGGCUUUCGUGCAGUGCUUUCUUCCAACAGUUCUUUCACUGCUAUUGCCCCGUUGGCUUUGGGCGGAGGACAGAUCCCAGUGGUGACUAUGUCCGACGAUAUCUACCCAAGCUGAAAGGUUUUCCCUCACGUUAUAUCUAUGAGCCUUGGAAUGCUCCUGAAUCAGUGCAGAAGGCAGCAAAAUGUGUCAUCGGGGUAGAUUAUCCCAAACCGAUGGUGAACCAUGCAGAGACCAGCCGAUUGAAUAUUGAGCGCAUGAAACAGAUUUACCAGCAGCUAUCACGCUACAGAGGCCUUUGUUUAUUGGCGUCUGUCCCUUCCUGUAUGGAAGACCUCAGCAACCCAGUUGCAGAUCCUUCUUCGAGCCCCGGAAACUGCACCGGUACAGCAUCCAGGCAGGCUCACUGUGGCCAGACGUCUCCAAAACGGAAACAUGAUGUACAGGAACACAAUGAAGAAUUGUACAAACGAGCAAAGGUGACAGUUUCACAAUUUUCAGUGAAUCCACAGCAGGAGCUUGUGCAUCAUGAAAUGGGAAAUUAACCAGGAAAAAACGAUGUUUUGGAGUGGCUGCUGCAGUGUCUGAGAAGAAUUUCUUCCAGAAGUAUUAGAACAUUGACUAACAACAUUACCCAUUAAGUGUGUGGAUGUGUAACACAGUUAGCUGCAAUACGACAACUCUUGAACUCCUGCUCAGGACACUUUAUCAAUAAGGAAAAGAAAUGUUGGAGAUAAAAUUUCUGGUUCUCCUGAGAGACGCUUGGAAUCAGCUCACAAAAGACUUGGGAUAAUGCUUUGAAUUCCAGUUACCUCAGAUGGGCUCCGUUUGUUGCACCGUUUAGAGUACCUCUUUCUUAGUGUUCUCUCGUCUUUGUUGAGGUAGCAGAGAUGUGAUGAACCAUGCAAAAUGCUUCGUGGUGCUUGCUCACCAUAGUUCCAAGAGCUGCACCUAUUAUACACUCCGGAACACAGUCUCCUGGCAUUUGAGCAAAAUGCAAGAGUAUAAUGCAUCAGAGCGAUAUGUCAAUAAAUAUGUGUGGUUGGCCUAAGGAUAACAUGUGUCGAUGUAUAUAAAGGGACAGUACAGUACAGCAAUGGCCAAUUUGAUGCAGGGCAGUGACACCUGCCCUGUAUCCAAUGUGGAUGGUGGGAAUGGCCGGGGACAGCCUGUUAGAUCUAAAAGAUCAAUACAGCUCUUCCACUGCAUAGUUUCUGUUGCAAAGAUCAAGAAUGUUCCAGAUGGAAAUACUUUCUGGACAUUAUUUUCCUAUAGGAAGGGCUACGUGUUGCAGUUCUGCAGGAGAACAAAAUCUAAUCCUAUAUUUUUUAAAUUGCUUCCUUAAAAAAAACCAACUUUCAUUUUUUCCUCUAAAAGCAGGAUACUAGCCUUUAUUGAGGCAAAUACAUGCUUAAUAGGAAAUCUAAAUGAGUGUUGAAUUUUGUUUAAUCUGUAGGCAGCGUCAAUGCCCUAAAUAGCUUUUUGUCUCUACCCAGAUUUGUGAAAUCUGAAUAAGUUAUGCAAUGUGAGUGAUCACAUGUUUGUGCUUCAUUUGUAUAGUUUAUACCAGGCACAAGCAAACUUUGGCCCUACAGGUGUUCUGGACUUCAACUCUCACAAUUUUGAAGUCCAAAACACCUGGAGGGCCGAAGUUUGCCCAUGCCUGGUUUAUACAGUUCACAAAGCUACAAUUUCUUGGGAAAAUGGAUUUAAAAGUUAUAAACCACAACACACUCCUUCCUAUGUCUUAUAGGUCUUAGAAGCAAUGCUUUGUUUUGGAAAACUUCCGAGUUCAUUAUAGGCUGGACCUUCCUCUUUUUAUUGUAAGACAUUUGGUCAUGUGGAUUGAGCAGGUCCUUUGCAGUGAUCAUUAUAGAGUAAUUCAUUGCUGGGACUCAAGGUGCAUCUACACUGUAGAAUUGAUGCAGUUUGACACCACAUUAACUAUCAUGGCUCAAUGUUAUAGGGAUCCUGGAAGUUGUAGUUUGGUGAGGCACCCAUACUCUUAACAGGGAAAGCUAAAGACUGUAAAACUACAACUCCAAAAAGUCCAUAGCAUUGAGCCAUAGCUCUUAAAGUGGUGUCAAACUCUAUUCAUUCUGUUGUCGAAGGCUUUCAUGGCUGGAAUCACUGGGUUGCUGUGAGUUUUCUGGGGAUGCCUACCAUAGAUGUGGGCGAAACAUCAGGAGAGAAUGCUUCUGGAAUACGGAAAACUCACAGCAACCCAGUACAUUAAUUCUGCACCCCAAGUGAGACUGAAAGACCUCUCCUUUGUGGAUAUUCCAAUUGUUCCUUUUCUGAUAUGCUUGGUCCCUCCUUGCCCAGGUGUUCACUGCUGUGGAUUUGUACUGUUGGUCCUUUUUUUGUUUUUGUUUGGGUCCUGUACUAUACACUGCAUGCCUUGCCAUCACCUUAUUUGAAUUCAAACCAGAUAGUAUCACAGCUCCUUGAGGUUAUUGAUCACAUUCCCUUCAUUUGUUUUCACAGUAUCCUUGGCAGGGUUACAGGCCCCCCUCCCAGCUUCAGAGCAAUGGGGAAUAACAUGCUUGUGGCCUUGAGAUUUGUUUCAUGUAGCUGGCACCAUGCAGCGAAAUGAGCUGUCCUGUAUCAGGGGCUUCGAUCCUUUUAGCAGUUAGAUUCCAUUAUAGAUUGAGUUAAUGUCAGCAGCCAAGACAGCUAUGAAACAUCUUAAGAGCCUGUUUCUUUAUGGUGCUGGGUCUGUUAAAAUUGAAGACUAGACUUUGGACCAGCUGUACACUGGAGCUACCUGAAGACAUAAAGAGCUCUGGAAGCAGCAGCCUUCUGUUGGAGAGGCACGUGGAAAACAAAUUCACCCAAGAGACUUUUCCACUUAAAUCCUUGGACAUAUUUCUCAACUGGGACUUGUUCUUUGGGCCUCAUUUUGAUGUCCUUGAUACCAAGACAUUAUUUCUGGCUUCUCCCCAACAGCGAGCCAAGUAUAACCCAUGUUAUUUGGUGUCCUGUCUCCUUGUAAAAUAUUCAAGAUGACUCUGUUCCCUACCACAGAGUAGGAGAGAAAUGCACUUUCUACACUACAGAUUCAGACUGACUUCUCUACCUUGAAAUGUUUUCCUGCUUUUACAGUUGUGUUGUAACUAUUAACUUGUUUUUAUAAAUGUCUUUAUCCCUCU